AUGCGCGACACAACUUCCUUGAGUAGUAGUUGCAUUGACAGCAAGAGCGCGAAGUCACUAAACGACCUGCCAAACGAGAUACUACUUCUGAUAUUCUCGCACGUCGACCCGCAUCGCGAGGAUCGUAUCCUGGGCCAUAUACCAGAUGACCCGUCGAAUCCUCACCUUAUCAACGAUUUUCUCAUCAACAGCAAAGGUCUUUGCAGCCUCGCAUUAACCUGUAAACGAUUUCUCCCUCUAGCUCAGGAGCAGCUACUGUACGCUCCUGUUAUUGGAGGAUGUGUUACUGUAUCUCGGUCCAAUCUAGCCCAGACUCGCAUGAUCUGUUUGUUACGCACAUUGCUGGCAAAUCCUGAACGCACGCAAUAUGUAAAGCAGCUUCGUCUUUGUCUUCCAAUGUACGAGGGAGGCGCCGGCAGGCUUGAUGAAGUGGUGGAAGUGGUGGAGAAUUCGGAGUCGGGGGCAUCAAUUACCGUCAAAAAGCAAGCGUACGAAGCGAUCAAAUCACUCAAUCUCCCUUUGCACAUGAAGGAGAGAUGGCAGUUUCAAAUGAGCUUGAACGUCGAGCGUGCGCUCGUUGGACUCUUUUUUGCUCUCAGGCCACAGCUCGAGAGAAUGUGUAUCGCGCAAAGCACAUCAUCGACCCGCGUUGAGUCUACUGAGCUAUACGAUUACAAUUACAUAACGCUAUACGACUACAUGCGCAAUCCGUUCGGCCUAGACUCCCAAGAAAAUACGGGCGUCUCUGUAUCAGGUUUCGGGGGUCUCCAGGUCACCCCAUCUCUCACCUACCUCAAGGUAGUCAGCCGGCUUCCUAUGAAGUUGCACGGCCUUGAAGUAUUCCCCAACCUGCGCACGCUGGACAUGAGCACAAAGCUAGCCAAUUACUCCCGCCGAACAAUCCGACCCAUAUCGGCCCUCUACGCCUCUCCCGAAAUGCGCGAAACCCUUCAAAACAUCCACCACCUCCGUCUCGACUUUCAAAUCAAAUCUGUGGGCAUCUGGGACAUUGGCGCGCGCGUAUGCCUAACCAGCAUCCUCCAAGCCUUCCAAAGCCUACAAAGCCUAGACUGCUACGCCGAGCCCUCGGAUAGCAAGAACCCCUUCCGCAGCGUCAGGGCAUUCCCGCACUACCAAGCGAACAUCCAGCACUAUCCAGAUGCCCCGCCUCGAUUGGACGUUCACGCGGAAAGCCAGGAUUACUGGGACCAGCGGAUCUACGACGCACGCACGGAAAUCACGAAUUACCAACACCUUGUCGAUGCUCUUGUGCAUCUUCGGCCGCAGCUGGAGACUCUGCGCUUGCCGGGUGGGUUCUGGACGCUUCCGGGCGGGAUGCGCAAGCCGCUUCCGCGCUUCGAUGGGUUUGCGCGGCUGAGCAUGUUGAGUGUACCGCAAGCUGCUGUUCUUUCUGUCAAGCUGGAUAAUAUGCGGUUUGCGGAUGUGCAUGGUGACUUUGAACUUUCGCCUGUGCGUGUUCUGCCUCUAUCGCUACGGCAUCUCAAGGUUUUUGACGCGGAUGUUAGCUUUCUGGAGUCCGAGUGGCUUCGAGAGCUGUUUGUUCAGCAGAAGAGUUGCAAUUUCUGGCCCGGGUUAGUUUGGUUGGAGAUCUUGCUUGGCCCUUCGUGUAAGGAGGGAGAGGUUGAGGAGGUGAUGGCGAGGAGAAGUCAACUUGACUUUUGGGCAUGGGUGAAGGAAGCGACAUUUGAGGUGUUUGUGGGGAGAGAUUUGGAGGUACCUCAGUCUGCGUCUAGCAAGGUGCUGCUUCGGGAUUAA